AGUGCUGCUGAUGAACCUGUCACGUAGUACACGUAGCGGACUGAAUGAGGAAAUACCAGGAAGUAGAAGUUGGCAUGAGAUCACCGCCUCCACCCAGAUCCUCCUGUUGAACUCCACCAGAGAGUCAGUCUUUCGUCUUCUGUUCUUCUGUUCAUCGCCUACAGACCUACAGACAGUCUGCUGCUGGUGGAGUUUUCAGACGGAGGUCGGUAUGAAGCUGGUGGUCCUCGUGCUCCUCCUCCAGGUGCCCAGAUGUGCAGACAGCAGGUGCUUCUGUCAGGUCACAGGAGAUCUGGACGACUGUGCUUGUGAUGUGGAAACUAUCGACGGCUUCAACAACGACCAGCUGUUCCCCAAACUUCAAACUCUGCUGGAGUCGGACUACUUCAGGUUCUACAAGGUGAACCUGAACAAGGCGUGUCCGUUCUGGAUGGUGAGCAGUCACUGUGGUCUGAAGGACUGUGCUGUGAAGCCCUGCUCACCUAACGAAGUACCAGAGGGGAUCAGAUCCUCCUCCCACAACAAGUAUUCAGCAGAAGCUAUCGAGCGGCCGGUUGAGUGUGAGCAGACGGAGCAUCUCGGAGCUGUAGAUGUUUCUUUAAGUGACGAGACCAGAGAGGCUCUGCUCCGCUGGAGGAAACACGACGAUGAGGCGGAACGCUUCUGCGUGGUCGACGACGAGGACUCUCCGGACUCCCAGUACGUGGACCUGCUGCUGAACCCAGAGCGCUUCACGGGCUACAGAGGACCAGAGGCCUGGCAGAUAUGGAACAGCAUCUACGAGGAGAACUGCUUCAAGCCGUACUCGAUCAAGCGACCGCUAAUUCCCAACUCUUUCCACAGCAGCUCAGGAAAUGAAGCGAAGACCUUCUACAGCUGGCUGGAAGGUCAGUGUGUAGAGAAGAGGGCUUUCUACCGGCUCAUCUCUGGCCUCCACGCCAGCAUCAACAUACACCUGAGCGCCAGAUACCUCUUGGAUGACAGCUGGUUCCAGAAGAAGUGGGGUCACAACGUGUCGGAGUUCAGACAGCGUUUUGAUUCGGAGCUGACGGACGGCGAGGGGCCCAAGAGGCUCCGCAAUCUCUACUUUCUGUUCCUGAUCGAGCUGCGAGCGCUGGCCAAAGCUCUGCCCUUCUUCCAGCAGCCGUCAGUCCAUCUGUUUACCGGCAGACCGGAGGAGGACCGGAGGCACAAACAGCUGCUGCUGCACAUCCUGCAGCUGACCCGAUCUUUCCCUCUACACUUUGAUGAGACGUCUCUGUUUGCUGGAGAUGAAAAGGAAGCAGCCAAACUGAAGGAGGACGUCAGACUGGCCUUCCUCAACAUCUCCAGGAUCAUGGACUGUGUGGGCUGCUUCAAGUGUCGGCUGUGGGGGAAACUGCAGACUCAGGGAUUAGGAACAGCACUAAAGAUUUUGUUUUCAGAGCGACAAAUUGAAGCUCUGCCCUCGUCCAGCGUCCAGCGACCCAGUUUCCAGCUCAGCCGACAGGAGAUCGUUUCCCUGCUCAACGCCUUUGGAAGGAUUUCUACAAGUAUCAGAGAGCUGAAGAACUUCAGAUCGCUGUUAUCAGAGGAGCGUUGACGAAGUGGAGGUCGACUCUUCAGUUUCAGUCCUGCUGAAUUUAUCAUUUAAACCUCCAUCAGUUUAACCUGAAGUGGCAGAGGUGGAAGAUGUACUCAGAUAUUUAACUUGGGUAAAAGUGGCAAUAUUGCAGUGUAAAAUUGCUCUGUUACAAGUAAAAGUCCUGCAUUCAAAAUCUUAUUCAAGUACAAAAAGUACAAAAGUAUUAGCAUAAAAAUAUACUUAAGUACCAAAAGCAAAAGUAUCAAUUAUGCAGAAUGCCCCAUUUCAGAAUAAUUUAUAUUAUUGGAUUAUAAUUAUUGAUGCAUUAAUUUGUUCAUCACUUUAAUGUUGCAGCUGGUAAAGUUGGAGCUAAUUUUAACUGAUUUUGUAUACUGCUGGCUAGUUUAACCUAGAAUAUUAGCCUACAUCACAAUUUAUUAGUUGAUUUAUAUUUUAAUUGAUAAUCUAAAUCUGUAAAGUAAGCAUAAAAUGUAAAAUAAAUGUUAAGUAUAAAUACCUAAAAAUUUUACUUAAGUAAAGUACUCGCGUAAAUUUACAUUUCACCAGUACUCAGUGGCGAUUUGGAGUUUAUUUUUCUGGAAAGAUAAAUGUGGUGGCAGCUUGUUAUAAACCUUCCUCACCACUUCCAGCAGGGUGUAAAGAGUUCUGACUCAUGUAGACUACCAUGUCCAACUUCCACUUGGCCCUCUGAAGACACUCACUCUCCUUUUUCAGCUAUCCAAUUGAUGAGGGUCGUAUUGUGAGUGAAAAGAAGUUUAUUCCACGAAAAUAAAAAUAAAUAAAAAUGUAUCCAUACAUGCAAUGAUGGACUAUGCUCCCCAUCCAGUUCCACUGAAAAGUAACUUGCACUAAUCACACAAUUAAAAGGGACAAAUUGUCCAAUAGCAGGGCAGACUAGAGGAGCACAAGUCUUAAUAGGGCAAAACACACACCAAAGAGUCAAAAUGCAUCAAAGCCCAUUCUACAACAUGUAACUAAUUAUUUUAAUUCUGAUGCAUAUCAAACAUUUUGAAUGGCAUAACACAAUGUACUUAUGCAAAGAGAAUCGAAUACAAAAAACUGUAGAUAAUAUAUCAUGGCUCUCACAAAAUUGAAAUUUGACGUUUUGACACGUUACACUUCUGGUAAUAUUUUAUAUUUCCUACGAUAUUAUUAGGGCUUAAAGCAUUUUGUAAUAUUUGCAGCUAUUAGGAAAGGCUGAAGAGUGUAAACCGCUCCAAUGUAAUAUUUUUAGGAAACUUAAAACAUGCUUUUUAUAUACAUAUAAAAACGUGUCAUUUCAGAUGUUUCUGCUGCUUUACUCAAUCAGACAGACAAUAUGACAGCACAGUGUUUUAGUGGUUACGCUGGUCCAGAAGAGGGCGCUGUUUGUAAAGAUAACUGCUUUGGAAAGUCUUCAUUUAAUGUAAACAAGAAACGUGCGGUGUGUUAAAGUGAUGACCUGCAUUGGAA